UGGAACUUGUGCGAGAUACCUGCACCAGCACCUACCAUAUUCCACCUCUCAGUAAUAACUUCCUCCACAACUCCAAAAACAAUUUCAACUCUCUCCCUCCCUCUCUCUCUCUCUCUCUCUCUCUCUCUCUCUCUCUCAUACCAGCCAUGGCUACUACGUCGUCGUUUUGCACCACUCCGUUCCACACCGGAAUAUCCUCCAAACAUCAACCAACUCCACUUCCUUCAACCGCUGUCCUCCCCUGCUCCACCACCAGACGCUCACCUAUCUCUCUCCGGUCCGUACAACGUCCGGUGGUGGUUGCGGCUGCUGCAAACGCCGUUGAAGUUGAGAAAUCGGCGGUUGCGAAAACUCCGGCGAAGAUUCUCCCGUUCCGAGUCGGUCAUGGCUUCGAUCUUCAUAGAUUGGAGCCUGGAUAUCCUCUCAUCAUUGGAGGCAUCAAUAUUCCUCAUGAGAGAGGUUGCGAAGCUCAUUCCGAUGGUGAUGUGCUUUUGCAUUGUGUUGUGGAUGCUAUUUUGGGUGCUUUGGGUCUACCCGACAUCGGGCAGAUCUUUCCAGACUCAGAUCCGAAAUGGAAAGGGGCAGCAUCAUCUGUUUUCAUCAAAGAAGCUGUGAGGCUGAUGGAUGAGGCUGGUUAUGAGCUAGGAAACUUAGAUGCCACUUUGAUUCUUCAAAGACCAAAGCUAAGCCCUCAUAAAGAGGCGAUUCGAGACAAUUUAUCUUUGCUUCUAGGUGCAGACCCUUCUGUUGUGAACCUGAAAGCUAAAACACAUGAGAAGGUAGACAGUCUUGGAGAAAAUAGAAGUAUUGCUGCUCACACAGUUGUGCUAUUGAUGAAGAAAUGAAGUCGUUAGAAACACAGGUUGGUUGACCGUAAGAAUUAUAUUUGCUAUGUUCGCAUCUCUGUAUCAAGAUUCAAAAGUAGAUGUAAACAACAAUAAUUGAUUUUUACUACUUUUUGGUGUAAUGUUUGUUAUUUGCUCUCUGCUCUUAAUGCAUGAAAGCUUGUUCUAUAAAAGUUGGUAAGGUUAUGUUCUCA